AUGUCAGGCAUUCUACGUCCUCGUCCCCGUUCUUUCGAGGAUCCAGCCAGACAUCGGGGGACAAAUUAUAUUAAAUCCUCGUCAACUGAGCCUAGCUCCACCCCCUGUCGUCGCCAUAGCGCGGGAGACCUCGAACAUAUGGCCUAUCUAGAUCCUCUUCGCCAAAGGAUAUCUUGUAGGAGCCAAGGGUCAGCCAAAAAUACAACUUCUACUUCAGCCUCUGCGUUCUCCCAGCUUUCGUCUUUGCAAGCCGAACCCUGUUCUCAUUGCUUACUUGGAUUUGGCAAAAUACCACCUUCACCACAAAGAGAAUCUAAUCGGUUACGACCUCUCCACUACAGUGCAGGUGCAGCAUCUACCCUAUUUACUGCUGACGAGGCUCCUGGCUCGAACCACAGGGGAAUCGUAGUUGUCGUGCGAAGGCAGCCUGGUCAGAUCUGUCGCUAUCACCGGCCCUCCUGGCUAGGGCAAGACAGCCAUACAGAGGCCACAUCGAGGAUUGCUGAUUCGAUUAAGACUAAGAUUAAGCCAGGAUCCCACAGUCAUAUUGUCCAGCGACCGAGCAUCGUUUCAAUUGCUUCUGGAACGAAUACGAUCGAAUUUGCUGGCCCUCUAAUUGAUAAAAAAGCUUCAGAUGUUUCAUUUCCUACUAUGCCCAUUAAGCGUUUGGAUGCAACUAUAAUUCCUGCUGUGAGUAAUGUAAUAUCUCACACCACAACUGUCUAUGAAUGGCUAACAAUCCGCCACUAUAAUUGGUAG